CCCAACAGUUGGACCCGGUUCUGAUGUGAGCCGGUCCAUGUGGGUUCGGGUCCACCGGGACCACCGUGGACUUCUUCGGACCGGGUCGGUCUUCCUGUUGCUGCGCUAUGGCUGUGCGCGCGCCGCCGGUUGGCCGCGGCUGAACGGAGCUGAACGCGUCCACUUUCCCGGUUACGAGCGGACUGUUACCGGAGACCGAGCCCCGACAUGAAGCGGAGGAGGGUCAGUGCGGUGGUUUUUGGACUGGCCUGGAAACUACUGCUGAUCAGCAGUGGCGGUCAGUGUAAGGAGGUGGACAACGCCGCUCGGUCCCGUCAGCCUCCAAUGUCUCCAUCCGAUUUCCUGGACAAACUGAUGGGCAGAACAUCUGGAUACGAUGCCAGAAUCCGACCGAAUUUUAAAGGUCCUCCAGUCAAUGUUUCCUGUAACAUCUUCAUCAACAGCUUUGGUUCCAUCGCUGAAACUACCAUGGACUACCGGGUGAACAUUUUCCUCCGUCAGCAGUGGAACGACCCCAGACUGGCCUACGCCGAGUACCCCGACGACUCCCUGGACCUGGACCCGUCCAUGCUGGACUCCAUUUGGAAACCAGAUCUGUUUUUCGCCAACGAGAAGGGAGCGCACUUCCACGAAGUCACAACAGACAACAAACUGCUGAGGAUAUUUAAGAACGGAAAUGUGUUGUAUUCUAUAAGACUAACUCUGACUCUGUCGUGUCCCAUGGAUCUGAAAAACUUCCCCAUGGACGUUCAGACCUGUAUCAUGCAGCUGGAGAGUUUCGGGUACACCAUGAAUGACCUCAUCUUUGAGUGGCAGGAGAACGGACCGGUCCAAGUGGCCGAAGGGUUGACCCUCCCACAAUUCAUCCUGAAGGACGAAUCAGAUCUGAGAUACUGCACCAAGCACUACAACACAGGUAAAUUCACCUGUAUCGAGGUGCGCUUCCACCUGGAGCGUCAGAUGGGCUACUACCUGAUCCAGAUGUACAUCCCGUCCCUGCUCAUCGUCAUCCUGUCCUGGGUUUCCUUCUGGAUCAACAUGGACGCCGCUCCUGCCAGAGUGGCGCUGGGCAUCACCACCGUCCUCACCAUGACCACCCAGAGCUCCGGCUCCAGGACCUCACUGCCCAAGGUCUCUUAUGUAAAGGCCAUAGACAUCUGGAUGGCCGUUUGCCUGUUGUUCGUCUUCUCUGCUCUGCUGGAAUACGCUGCCGUCAACUUUGUGUCCAGGCAACACAAGGAACUGCUGAGGUUCAGACGGCAACGCAAGAGCAAGUGGAUUCCAUACAGCAACAGUUGA